UCGGUCUUAGAUCUGUUUGAAAAACAAUCAGUGCUGAAGACAUCCACUCAUCAGACAAUCCAUGGCUAAUUGUCAGAAAGAGAUGUUAGAAAUGAGAGACAAAAUCAAGAAAUUGAGUGAUUAUGUGAAGACAUCGGAUCUAAUGCUCGAAGAGAUGUCAAAAAUGAACGAAACUCUUGUGAAUAUCAUUGAAGAAAAUCGUCGCAACGGAUCCAAGAGUUCAGAACUUCGCAAACUUUAUACAGAGUUUACAGAACUCGAGGAAUCGGUUGACCGACAAAAAGACAAUUUACUCGCAUUGAAGGUGUCUUUGAAUGCAAACAAUGGACACAAUGUUAUGGAUUUGAUCCACAGUUGGAGAAGAGCUGCCGAAACGCGGGACCAAUUCAUUCAAACGAACGAUUUGGAAAACAAUAGCAGUGAAGGCAUACCAAAGAGUGAAUCAAUUCAUGAGGCAAUUACUGUUAAAUGCGACGACAAUGUGAUAGACAUCAACCUCUCUGAGGAUGACUAUCAACCGGUGGACGAAGACAUGGAGACAAUGGACGCCAGAAGUGAUAGUGGAAGUGAAUAUACAGAAGUGGUUGACCUCAAGAAUGAUGACAGCGAUAGUGACUAUGAAGUGAAACCUAAGCGUAAAUCUCCGAAAAAAUCUAAACAAUGUAAGAAAUCUCAGAGUCAGAGCACAUCCAAGUUGAAGCUGCAUUGGCUACUUGUUUACCUAGUUAAUUAUGCAGGCGUUGUGUUCUUCUUACUGAUAAUAGACACGCUACUUUCGCCCACAUAUAAACACUCAACUCCGGGUCUAACUCUCGAAGGGAUGCAGAGAUUGGAGCGAAUGGACGACGUGUUACUCCCGAUGACUGAUCUCAAACUAAAGGCCUAUGUCUGCAAUUGGCCCGACUGUGGCUAUCGGUUAGCAAACAAAAAGAUUUUUUAUCAACACCUUUGCCAACACAAACACGUGGCCAUAAAUAGUGUCCGAGACUCCGAUCAAUUGGACGAUCAGUUUGAAAAUCAAAUGAUACCAAAUGACUCACUAAUGGACACUUUGAUACUCCCGGAGCACAUACGGGGCGACCAAUACGUGUGCAAUGAUAUCAUGUGUGGCUUUAGUACCAAAGAUAAGGAGAGAUUUUAUAUUCAUCUGCGAAGACAUCAAACGCCGGGAAUGACUCUCAAAAACUUUCGACGAGUAGAGGGAAGGGAUGACGCGGUUAUGCCUUUGAUGGACCGCAAGACCAGAACCUAUACAUGCGAUCGACCCGAUUGUGACUACCAGUCGAAGAAUAAAGAUAUUAUAUAUCGACAUAUUAUCGGUCACCAAAAAUGUGAUCCAUUGGAUCCCGAGGCCCGUAAAGCUCGCAAACGGGAAACCAGUCGGUUGUUUGAGCUCCGAAGACGGGCGCGUCUCGGACUACCUGCAGCCAAAAAGUGUGUCAAAGUGGAGGUCAAAGCGGAACCAGAUUUGAUAAAACCCGAACACAUACUCGACGGACAGACAUACGUUUGCGACCAAAACAAGUGCACAUUCCGGACACUCGAUAGGCAGCGGUUCUCUAAUCAUCUGCAAAGACACGCAAAGCCGGGUCUAUCGAGGAAAAGGUUUUCCGAAUUGGAGCGAAUGGACGCCUUAGCGCUUCCGCUGUGGGACCCGACUGUCGGCGCGUUUGUUUGCGAUCGACCGAACUGUACGUUUCAAUCCGAAAGCAAGUAUAGUUGUGCCAAACACGUGACCAGACAUAACAACCCUAACCUCAAGGACGAACCCGAUGUCGAAGCGGCCCAUAAGAGUCGCAGACUACAGGUUAUGGAUGAGAGGAUUGGUAAAUACUUAACGGACGGGCAGUACGUGUGCGAUGAGAUUGGCUGCGACUUUAAGUGUGUGGGCAAAAAGGUUUUUUACAAACACUGGUGUAAACAUAACAUACCACCAGUUGUGCCGUUGUCCGCGCAGUUUGACCUCUCACUCGAGCGGCCAUUUGUGUGCGAUUGGCCGGAGUGUGGCGUUGCGUAUAAAGAGAAGAAACAUCUUAACGGUCAUAAACUGAAACACUUGGGUAUCACUAAUUUUGUGUGCGGUUGGCCCGGAUGUGACUACAGUUGCAACUCAUCCAACUAUAUCGUUGUCCACCGACGCAUUCACACCAAGGAAAAGCCCCGACAGUGUUCGUGGCCCGGGUGUGAGUAUACGUGCAAUAGUAAUCCCGGUAUGAUCUCCCAUAUGCGUAAACAUACCGGUGAAAAACCAUAUGUGUGUCCGUUUCCCGAAUGCGGUUAUAGCUCCUCACAGUCCUGUGCGCUGACAACUCAUAAGCGCCGACACACCGGCGAAAAGCCGUACGUUUGCACCGAAACAGAUUGUGAUAAACGCGGCGGCCGGACUAUACAUUCAUCGCAAGAGUUAUCACAAAUCUAUACCUUCAACGGCGAAGAGGGGACGGAAAGGGAAUCAAUAGUUAAAGAAAUGAAAGACCAAAUCAAGAAAUUGAGUGAUUGUGUGAAGACAUCGGAUCUAAUGCUCGAAGAGAUGUCAAAAAUGAACGAAACUCUUGUGAAUAUCAUUGAAGAGAAUCGUCGCAACGGAUCUAAGAGUCGUGAUCUUCAAAAACUUUAUACAGAGUUUACAGAACUCGAAGAAUCGGUUGACCGACAAAAAGACAAUUUACGCGCUCUUAAGAUGUCGUUGAAUGCAAACAAUGGACACAAUGUUAUGGAUUUGAUCCACAGUUGGAGACGAGUGACCGAAACGCGGGACCAAUUCGUUCAAACUCACGACAUGAUUGUGGACAACCUUUUUGAAGUCAUACCACAGAGUGAAUCAAAUGCGACAAUACAUAAAGACAUUGAAGAAGAUGUUAACCAAUCUAUUGAUGUGACCUCUGAUGAUGACUAUCAACCUGUAGGCGAAGACAUGGAACAAAUGGAUGACAGAAGUAGUGGUGUGAGUGAUAGCGUAGGCGAGUAUAUGGCAGAAGCGAACCGCAUUUGUGACAGCGAUAGUGAAUAUGAAGUGAAACGCAAACGAAAAUUGCCGAAGAAAUCCAAGAGAAUUGCAAAAGUGUUUGAUAUCACAGAAGCAGAUAUGGAUCAAGUGAUACGACCCGAACACAAACGCACUGAUGAUUACGUGUGCGACCAAAUUGACUGUACAUUCAGUACUGCCGAUAGGUUUAGGUUUUAUAAUCACUUGAAAAGACACACAACUCCCGGAAUGAGUGCCGAAGUUUUUCGGCGUUCGGAGCGCGUGGACGACGCGUUACUCCCGAUGACUGAUCACAAACUGAAGGCAUUUGUGUGCAAUUGGGAGUCAUGUAAAUACUGGUCCAGAAAUAAGACUGUUUUUUAUAAUCAUCACAUAAGACAUCAAAAGGGGACACAAAAGUGUGUGACUGAAGUACCGGAACUGGUCUCCAACCCAAUCGACAAACUCUGUAAAAGCCGAAUGAAAACUGUGAGAAACCUUUACUCAGAAAUGGAUAGUUUGAUACUUCCGGAGCACAUACUUCACAACCAAUACGUGUGCAAUGAUAUCAUGUGUCACUUUAAGACCGAAGAUAAGGAGAGAUUUUAUAAUCAUUUGCGAAGACAUCAAACGCCGGGAAUGUCUCACAAAAACUUUGUCAAAUGCGAGCGUUUGGACGACAAAGUAAUGCCUUUCUUGAACCGCGAGACCAGAAUCUAUGCGUGCGAUCGAACCGAUUGUCACUUUGAGGCGAGAAAUAGAAAAGUUUUUUAUAAACAUAUCGUCGGUCACCAAAACACUGAUUCAAUCGUCACCGAAGAACCAGAUUUAAUACGACCCGAACAUAAAGUCGACGACCAGUACGUGUGCGACAAAACUGAGUGCAAAUUCCAGACACCCGAUAGGCAGCGGUUCUCUAAUCACCUGCAAAGAUAUGCAAAGCCGGGUCUGUCGAGGCAUAGCUUUAACAAAUUGGAGCUAAAGGAUGACCGAACGCUUCCGCUGUGGGACUCGACGCUCAACACAUAUAUCUGUAAUCAUAAGGACUGUGGCUUUCGGUCGGAGUUCAAGACGCCUUUUUAUGAACACGUGAUGAAACACGCGGUCCCACUAGUGACCAAAGAUUUGACCGGAAAGCAAUCCCGAAGACAACGAUAUCGGCUGAAGCACUUGGAUCUUAUAGAUGCGCGGAUCGGCAAAUACAAAGUGGACGACCAGUACGUGUGCGAUGAGAUCGACUGCCACUUCAAGGCUGUGGGCAAACAGACAUUUUAUAAACAUUGGCGGACGCAUAACCCGAGGAGCCAAACGAACGUCUCUUCAGUCGCCGCCCGGUUCGACAUGACUCUUGAGAAGCCGUUUGUGUGCGAUUGGUUGGAUUGCGGGUUCGCUACAAAGUACCGUGAGCACUUUAAUCGCCACAGAGACAAUCAUUUAGGUAUCAAACCAUUGGCAUGUGAUUGGCCCGGAUGUGACUUCAGGGCCAAUCGCAACGAUUAUAUGAUAGCCCAUCGCGGCACUCAUACCCAAGAGAGACCCCAGGCGUGCACGUGGCCCGGCUGUGAGUACAGGGCCAACACUAAGUACACGCUUAGGUGUCAUAUGCGCACACAUACCGGCGAAAAGCCGUUGUUGUGCGCGUUUCCCGAAUGUGGUUUCCGUGCCCGUCAGCCCUGGGUUCUCACAACACAUCAACGCAUACACACCGGCGAAAAGCCAUACGUUUGCCCCGAAAAAGGCUGUGGAUUUAAAUCGGCGUCCAGUUUAUACUUUCACCGCAAGCGAUGUCACGGCUCUGAUUCCCGCCCGGCGGCGAAGAGGGGACGCAAACCCUUGCAUUCGCCACAAGUGGACACUUAA